AUGUCGAGAUUGAAUGAAUACCAGAUCAUUGGACGUCGUCUUCCAACUGAAGCUGUUCCAGAGCCAAAGUUGUUCAGAAUGAGAAUUUUUGCGCCAAAUGCUGUCGUUGCUAAGUCUCGUUACUGGUACUUCUUGCAGAGAUUGUACAAGGUGAAGAAGGCAUCUGGUGAAAUUGUGGCUCUCAACAUCAUCUCCGAUUCCACUCCAACCAAGGUCAAGACUUACGGUGUCUGGAUUAGAUACGAAUCCAGAUCCGGAAUUCACAACAUGUACAAAGAGUACAGAGAUGUCACCAGAGUUGGCGCUGUUGAGACUAUGUACCAAGACUUGGCUGCCAGACACAGAGCUAGAUUUAGAAACAUCCACAUCUUGAAGGUCGUUGAGUUGAAGAAGACCGAAGACGUUAAGAGACAGUAUGUUAAGCAGUACUUGACCAAGAAUUUGAAGUUCCCAUUGCCUCACAGAGUCCAGAAGUCCAAGAAGUUGUACGAAUUCAAAGCACCAACUACUUUUUACUAA